UCGGUGCUCUCUUUUUUCCCUCCGGUUCGGCAGAUGCUAACGGAGCUACUUAAGAAGGAACCCCAUUCCGUUUGUAGAGAUAAAACAUUGAAAACCUUAAUCUUCUGCUUCAUUUAAAAAAGAAGAAGAUCGAAACCAGAGUUGCCUUAUUGUUCGCCACCGUUGGACUCUGGAGCAGUGGAAACAUGUCCUCCGGAGAAAUAAAUCACGCUUCUCCAUCUGGCCGUCUGACAGACACAUCUGGAUGUCUUCAAAGUGCUGUACAGAAACCCAGCCUCAAACCCCAAACAAUGCCCCUCACCGUGCACAAAGCCAGGAUGAGGAAGAGGAUCAGAGAGCAUGACGCCUGGUCACCUGACUCUGACCAGCCAAUCAAGAUGUUCUCCAGGUCUGAGGUCCAGGGUCUGCUCCAGCAGGAAGUGCAUAGUGCCAUGAAACAGUCUGAAUCCAAGAUGGAGUCGCUACUAGAGAGAGUUCAGCUACUGGAAUGUGAACCUAAAUACGACCUGGUCAUACGCAGACUGGAGGCUCACAUUAAGAAGGUGAAGAGGAGGGGGGAUGCUGCCAUCUCUUACGUCAGGAUGCUACGAGCUCCUGGAGUUAAACACAAUCAGAGGACGCUGGGUUCUGGUCUUGUGGACCUGACUGAGACUGAGGCUGAGAGAGGACUGAGUACUGUGGACAUCAGCAGGUCAGAUUCUGAUGAGGACGACUCAGCUGAGAAGCAGAGGAAGAGGAAGGUUGUAGAUGGUUUCUGGCAGAAAAUGAUGUCCAAUACAAAAGCCCCAGACAGGAAGAGAGAAAAAGAGAGGAAUGGAAAGAAACACAACAUCCCUCUUCCUCCGACCACUCCUCCUCUUCCUCCUACCACUCCUCCUCGUUCUCCUCUUCCUCCCAUUCUCUCUCCUCAAGUACUGAAGGUCGAGGCGUCUGUCGUACCGGUGACCAGACCGCCAACCACAUCGCCAGUUAAAAUGGAGGGCACGGUGAAGAUGGAGAACACCGUUAAGACCGAGGAGUCCCCGUGUCCUCCAGUCGCUCUUCGUGUUCCUCCGUCGCAGAGUGAGCUGCUGUCCCAUCUCCCUCCUCUCCCCCCGACCCCUUUCCCUUCCUCCCUCCCUCUCGAGGCGGCCUCCUACUCCAUCCCCCAGAAGCCGCUGGUACACCUGGCCCGUAUCCGAAACCCUGCCCCGUGUCUGGUCAUCCACUGGAGGGUCACUGAGGAAGACCCCGCGGCGCCCGACAUGGACAGUUACAGUAUCUACAUCGCUCAGGAGAGUCAUAGCAGCAGCGUCUCCCCGUCCUGGAGGAAUGUGGGUGUGGUCAAGGCCCUGGCCCUGCCCAUGGCUGUCACGGUAACCAAGUACCAAUCGGGUACCACUUACGUCAUCGUGGUGGGCAAGGACCGGUAUGGUCGCUACGGACCGUACAGCGACGUACAGACUGUCCUCCUGGCAUAGAGACAUGGCGGGGAGUUCUGGUCGUCUAGAUUGAAGGCCACUUUCUCCUCCCUCCCUCCCUCCCUCCAGAGGUGAGAGUUGAAAGGUCACUGAGAUCUAAUGACCUGCUAAACUCCGGGAAUUUUCUGUGCGACCAUCUAAAGAGGAACAGGAGGAGGGAAUAAAAAUGAUUUUGUUGUUGUGUGUUUUCAAUAGCAUUACCGAUCCGAUGAAAGAUACUCAGCGACGCACGUCCCAACUCAACCCACAGGGGGGGGGGGGGGGGGGGGGGUUCACUCCACCCUUGUACUUGAUUUGAUGAAUUUAAGGUCACUAUUUAGUGAGGAACUAACCUGAACGUAGACAUAGUGGACGACAUAGAGACUUCACUUCUGUUAGUGAUGUUGGUGUAUCUGUCCUAGUUGAGUCAACUCUGUUAGUGAUGUUGGUAUAUCUGUCCUAGUUGAGUCAACUCUGUUAGUAUAUCUGGCCUAGUUGAGUCAACUGUUAGUAUAUCUGGCCUAGUUGAGUCAACUCUGUUAGUAUAUCUGUCCUCGUUGAGUCAACUCUGUUAGUAUAUCUGUCAUAGUUGAGUCAACUCUGUUAGUGAUGUUAGUAUAUCUGUCCUAGUUGAGUCAACUCUGUUAGUGAUGUUGGUAUAUCUGUCCUUGUUGAGUCAACUCGGUUAGUGAUGUUAGUAUAUCUGUCCUAGUUGAGUCAACUCUGUUAGUAUAUCUGGCCUAGUUGAGUCAACUCUGUUAGUAUAUCUGGCCUAGUUGAGUCAACUCUGUUGGUAUAUCUGGCCUAGUUGAGUCAACUCUGUUGGUAUAUCUGGCCUAGUUGAGUCAACUCUGUUGGUAUAUCUGGCCUAGUUGAGUCAACUCUGUUAGUACAUCUGUCAUAGUUGAGUCAACUCUGUUAGUGAUGUUAGUAUAUCUGUCCUAGUUGAGUCAACUCUGUUAGUGAUGUUGGUAUGUCUGUCCUAGUUGAGUCAACUCUGUUAGUGAUGUUAGUAUAUCUGUCCUCGUUGAGUCAACUCUGUUAGUACAUCUGUCCUAGUUGAGUCAACUAUGUUAGUACAUCUGUCAUAGUUGAGUCAACUCUGUUAGUGAUGUUAGUAUAUCUGUCAUAGUUGAGUCAAAUCUGUUAGUGAUGUUAGUAUAUCUGUCCUAGUUGAGUCAACUCUGUUAGUGAUGUUAGUAUAUCUGUCCUAGUUGAGUCAACUCUGUUAGUGAUGUUAGUAUAUCUGUCCUAGUUGAGUCAACUCUGUUAGUAUAUCUGUCCUAGUUGAGUCAACUCUGUUAGUGAUGUUAGUAUAUCUGUCCUAGUUGAGUCAACUCUGUUAGUGAUGUUGGUAUAUCUGUCCUAGUUGAGUCAACUAUGUUAGUACAUCUGUCAUAGUUGAGUCAACUCUGUUAGUGAUGUUAGUAUAUCUGUCCUCGUUGAGUCAACUCUGUUAGUACAUCUGUCCUAGUUGAGUCAACUCUGUUAGUACAUCUGUCCUAGUUGAGUCAACUAUGUUAGUACAUCUGUCAUAGUUGAGUCAACUCUGUUAGUGAUGUUGGUAUAUCUGUCCUAGUUGAGUCAACUCUGUUAGUGAUGUUAGUAUAUCUGUCCUAGUUGAGUCAACUCUGUUAGUGAUGUUAGUAUAUCUGUCCUAGUUGAGUCAACUCUGUUAGUGAUGUUGGUCAUGACUACCAGUCACUCCUGUUAGCAGAUGAUAUUUCAUAACUGUCUUGUUCAAAUUUUAACCACCAUUGUAUAAUAAAAUAUCUCAACGUUUCCAAA